CUGAUGAGUUACACAAGACAAGACGGAGUGUCCUCAAGGUCAUAGGCGCUACAUCCUCCUCACACGACCGGCGGUCACUUAGUGGUAGUGCCAGCACCGCGCGAACGUGUGCUUUUGCAAAUAUGAAGACGAUUUUUAUUGUGGCGUGUAUAUGCGCCUUAACGUAUGGUCAGUUAUCAUCUGACAACUUAGAGAACACAAAUGAAAAAGAAUUGGCAGUUGAAGAAAACUCUGACGGACUAAAAAGCUCAGAUUUUAGUAGUGCUAAUCUUCAGGAAGCUAGUGACAUCGGUGCAGCUAGUAAUGAAAAUGUAGCAAAUCUAAAAGAAACUGAAGAAAGUAAUCCUGAUGAAGCCAGUUUUAAAGAAACCGGUGACAUUGGUGAAGCUAGUCAAGACAAUGUAGCCAAACUAGAAGAAACAGUUGAGGCUAAUAAGAAUGAAGUUAGCCUGAAAGAAUCUAGUGAUGUUGGGGACGCUAGCCAGGAUAUUGAUGGAAAUGAUGGUGACACAAGCGCAAUAAAUGCCAACUUUGGUGAUAAUGGUGCUGGUUUAUAUCCCGACCAGAAUGAGGCACAAUCACGACCAAUAAGUAGGCAGACAUGUAAAGAAAAAAACGAGCGCUACUCUGUACCAGGAAGUUGUGACAAAUACAUUGAAUGUUUGAAUGGUACUGCCGAAGAAAAAACCUGUCCAGAUGGUCUCCGCUACAAUCCUAAUGUAAAGUUUAAUGUGGAUCCGUGUCAGUAUCCCAUAGAUGUGCCAUGUCUUGCCCGCUCAUUACAGCCAGCACAGCCCACGGCCGAUUGUCCUCACCAGUUUGGUUACUUCAGAAUUGGAGACUCUCGUAAUUGUGGAUCAUUCAAGAACUGCGUGAAUGGUUACGCAUAUGAGUUCAACUGCCCUGAAGGACUUGCCUUUAGUUCUGAAACGUACCGUUGUGAAUGGCCAGAUCAAGUCGCCGAUUGUGAUGCAGAAGCUUUCCUAGGUUUCAAAUGUCCCGUAGUGCCAGAAUCCAAAGAGUAUGGGCCACCUGUUGGAUACAGGACUUACAGAUCUGCAGACGAUUGUCAAAAAUAUUUCGUAUGUAUUGAUGGUAAGCCACGUCGUCUUUUUUGCGGAGGAUACAAUGCUUACGACGAAGUAACCGAAUCGUGUGUUGCGGCUGACGAAAUAUCAGUAUGCCCACAAGAAUUAAGAAGUAAAGCGGAACGAUCCAGAAAAGCUGAGGAGCUGAGGCAGAAUUCUCAAACAGCUUUUGAAAAACUCCGGGCUGCUCCUGAAAUAACGACACUUACACCAGAUGAGGUCGAGGAUCUUACAACAACAACGACAAACUACCAAAAUUUUAAUAAAGAGAAGCAAGGUGUGGAAAACGUUGAAGAGGACAAAAAAGCCGAAGAACCAGAAGAAAUAAUUCAGUAACUUUAAGAUGUUUCAUUCAUACCUCGUUAUUAAGAGAUUGUAAAUAAAAUUAUUGUUUAUAGAAGUCUGAAUAGGAACUAUGUCACUGUUACAAUGAUAAUUGUAUUUCCGUUUAUGCAACAUUUUCAUUCAAAUUCCGUUAUUUAACUGUUAUACCUCAAUAAUUGUUCUAGCAAUUAAAUCAUUUCCAUAAACUUGUUUAAGAUAACUUAAUCAUUGAUUUAAUCAUUUAAGUACAAUAAACGUUUGUUAUAAAAAGAA